AUGGAGAUGGAAGAAUCUUCUGCUUCUGCUCCUAAUUCAAACCAAUUACAGGAGAAGCAGCCAGUCCAAGAAAUCCCAACCAUCAAUUUCAUCCCUGAUGAAGUCCUUGAGGACAUCCUCACGAGGCUUCCAGUCAAGUCCGUCCUGAGGUUCAGUGCUGCAUUGAGUUCAGCCAUCACUGCCACUGCCGAGGCAACUCCAACCAAUAUCGAUCAUCCCAUGAGAUUCGAUCGCGGUAGUAUGCCUUAUAUUGUGGGCUCUUGUAAUGGUUUGGUGUGUCUUAAAAUUCCUAGAAAGCAACUUUGUUAUGGUUUUGGAUAUGAUGAGUCUAAUGAUGAUUACAAAAUAGUUGCCAUUUCCCUUGUGAAAGUUUCUGAUGCUAUGGGUAAAAAAAUCCGGGUUGAGGUUUAUAGUCUCAAAACUGAUUCGUGGAGGAGGAUUGAGGUAACAUUAAGUUGCAAGGAUGUUUGGAGGAUGGAGAAGUAUGGUGUUAAAGAGUCUUGGACUAAAGUGCUGUCGAUUCCUAAUCUGAGUGGCCCUAAUGGAGGGAUUUCCGGGCAAGCUAUUUUUCUAUCAAAGGAAGGAGAAAUUGUGUGUAAAUUUGGGGAAGUUUUAGCCCUUUAUGAUGGGCGGAAAAUUCUUACUUUUAAUUUGUCGAGUGAGACAUUUGGAGAGGAUGUUUGGAGGAUGGAGAAGUAUGGUGUUAAAGAGUCUUGGACUAAAGUGCUGUCGAUUCCUAAUCUGAGUGGCCCUAAUGGUGGGAUUUCCGGGCAAGCUAUUUUUCUAUCAAAGGAAGUAGAAAUUGUGUGUAAAUUUCGGGAAGUUUUAGCCCUUUACGAUCCAAAACAUAAUACUCACAUGCAUAUGCGAAUUACUAAUUUGGGAGCUCUUUCACAAGUAAAUGUGUAUGUUGAGAGCUUGGUUUUGCCUAAUGCUGUUGAAGGGGUACCAGUGCACUGGGCUUGA